AUGGUCCGCAAGAUUGCCUCUCUGUAUCACACCGCGAGCCGGGAUCAGGACGCGCUGGCAUGGGCGAAGAAAGCCCUCGCAGGUUUCGAGGCACUCGGGGCUAGCGGGGAAGUCGAGUUGUACAAGACGCUACAUCUCCUGUCUGAUGUAUAUUUCCACCUUGACCGCUUCCAGGGCGCCGUCAGAGUACAAAGGAAAGUCACGGAAGGAUUUGAGAGGACGCUUGGCGCUGAAGGUCCUUCCAGUUUGCGUGCGACGUUGAAUUGGGCAACAUAUCGAGCCCUGGAGAGGAAAGAAGACGCCCUGAAGUUGUACGAGAGGGCUUUGAAGGGCUAUGAGGCACGGGUGAAAGAGGUCAGGAAUCAAGAGACGGCCGAGACAGCGGAGGAGAAGAGAAUCAUUAGUGAGUUGAAGGGAAAGAUUCGAGAGGCUGGCGGGAGCAGAGACUGA